CUAAAUGGGUUUUACUGACAUCUAGAUCCUUGGAAUGGUGGUACUUCCUGUGGUGAGGCUUGAUCUCCAUCUGCGCGCGGCUGCGAAUUUAUGCACGUCGCAGAAGGCGGAAUUCUCGAUUCGUCCACCGAUUUGUGGGGCCAAGCUAGCAAGACAGAUUCUAACUGGGGCAGGAACGGUUUGAGGCUUUUAGGAGCAAAAUGGGUGGUGCAAGCGUGCUUUUGCCUCAAAAUAUCGUACCAGAGCAUCUGUCUGUAAUGAUCACAAAACGUUCCUCACCUGCCCCACAUAUUUGUAUAAAUUUGACGUAAUCCCAGCAGUUCAGACUUCACAACUAUGAGCGGAGAGCCAGAGUAUAGCUACUGCUGGUAUCACAAGGACAGUGUUCAGAAAUACUCCCUGUGUCAUUCUAGAGAAAAGUGGCCACGAUCCCUCGACUUGGACGAAAAUACUAGUAUGAACUAUUCCAAUAUCAGUCUCCUCAACCAUUCUCCCCAUGAAUCUCCAGUCUCAGUGUAUGGCGGCUUGUCACAUAUGAUUGAUUUGGACUUGGUCACUGAAGCCUCCAAGAACUUCCAGAGAAAACUCGAGCAAGAAAGCCCUAGUCCCCACCAAGAUAACCACCAGUUCCUGCUUCAUCCUGAUCCUUACUGGUCUGUCGCUUCGCCUUUCAACAAUAAUCAAUUUGGUUUUCAUUCAUAUGGACAUAUAUCAGAUUCACUUAAGAACAACAAUUCGAGAAUUCCUCAAGUAACUUUAGAGUUCUACUCAUCAGAUGAGCACAGUGCCUGUGAAGAUUCGGAAAUAAUGAGCUUGAAGGAGUUUUUGACAGCAAACUAUCGCAAUGGGGACGAUUAUGAAAAGAGAUCUGGUCAAAGUACAGGCAAGAAGGAGCACAAUCCCACGUAUAGUGGGUGCUCAAUGCUGGAAAUGAAAGCAAAAAGUGAUCUCUCGCUCACUUCAAAAGAGUAAAAGGAGAAACAGGGACACUUAGAAUAGAUCAAAAGUACACUAUAGACACCCAUAUAGUACACAUAAGAAUGCCACGAUCUUAGUAAAUU